AGGGGGUGGUGGCCGGCCGCUUCUCCCGCGUCCGCCAUUUUGUUUCUGUGGCUAUUGGGAACCGGCUGGGUAAAACCGCCCCGGAGGCGCGACGCUCUUCGGAGUUCGGUACUUGGUGUGACUGCGGGGGUCAGUGAAGACCCGUGGGGCUGCAGAGCCACCACGUUCCAGGUCAGGAGUCACCGGAGGCACCCACGGUACGCUGGGCAGCCCAAGAAUCCCCAGGCGGCCUCCGCUGCGCCUGAACUUCGCCCACCCAGAUCCCUGGUCUCUGCCCCGCAUCCCCGGCCCGGCUGUCUCCGUGAGGCGGCCCCGGAGCAGGCGGGUGGCGGCGAAGGAUGCUGCGGGCCCGGAGCCGAGAGGAAGGUGCUGGUCCUGCCCUCUGAGCGCGCCUCGAGGUGUGCCGAGAGGCCCUUCCUCGGCCUCAAAGCCGUCUGCGGGCAAAGGCUUCCAGAGCAGGCGACAGCGGCCGCCGCCCCGACGCGCCACAGAGCCCCCGGCCCGCCACCAUGUCUUCUGCAAGGUUCGAUUCCUCAGAUCGCUCCGCCUGGUACAUGGGGCCUGUGUCUCGCCAGGAGGCGCAGACCCGGCUCCAGGGCCAGCGCCACGGCAUGUUCCUCGUCCGCGACUCCUCCACCUGCCCCGGGGACUACGUGCUGUCUGUGUCCGAGAACUCGCGGGUCUCUCACUACAUCAUCAACUCACUGCCAAACCGGCGUUUUAAGAUCGGGGAUCAAGAGUUUGAUCAUUUGCCGGCCCUGCUGGAGUUUUACAAGAUCCACUACCUGGACACUACCACCCUAAUCGAGCCUGCGCCCAGGUAUCCAAGCCCACCAAUGGGAUCUGUGUCCGCACCUAACCUGCCUACAGCAGAAGAAAAUCUGGAAUAUGUACGGACUCUCUAUGAUUUUCUUGGGAAUGAUGCCGAGGACUUGCCCUUUAAAAAGGGUGAGAUCCUAGUGAUAAUAGAGAAGCCUGAAGAACAGUGGUGGAGUGCCCGGAACAAGGAUGGCCGGGUUGGAAUGAUUCCUGUCCCUUAUGUUGAAAAGCUUGUGAGAUCCUCACCACAUGGAAAGCAUGGAAAUAGGAAUUCCAACAGUUACGGGAUCCCAGAACCUGCUCACGCAUACGCUCAACCUCAGACCACAACUCCCCUACCUGCAGUUUCUAGUACUCCUGGGGCAUCGAUCAACCCUUUGCCAUCCACACAGAAUGGACCUGUCUUUGCAAAAGCAAUCCAGAAAAGAGUACCCUGUGCUUAUGACAAGACCGCCUUGGCAUUAGAGGUUGGUGACAUUGUGAAAGUCACAAGGAUGAAUAUAAAUGGCCAGUGGGAAGGCGAAGUGAAUGGGCGCAAAGGGCUUUUCCCUUUUACACAUGUCAAAAUCUUUGACCCUCAAAACCCAGAUGAAAACGAGUGAUUGCUGCUGUCCUAUUUCCUGCUGCUUCGUUGUUCUGCCUGUAGUAGUCUCCUUUGAAGUGGGAACGCAUUCUCUCUUGUCUCUUGUAGGCGGGUCACACUGCAUUGCCGACCUCCAGCUUUCUGCAGACUGGCGGUCUCUCAUACACAUUUGGAAUGCACACAGCGGCUGCCUCCUGGCAUUUGUAUCAUAGUUGUAUUGUCAAAGAGUAGCCGAUUUUUAGAGUUCCUUUGGAUCAUAAACUGGAAGUACUGGUGGAAGCACACAGGUGGAGAGAAGUUGAUGAGGAAAGGAUUUUCCUUCUCAUCACUGCCUGGUUUGCAGCCAGGACUGAUUCUGUCAUGUUGGUCAGAGAAUGCUUGAGAUUACGGGGAGAUACUGUGUGUUGCUGUUCCAUAAAGCAGUGGCUCAGCUGCCAUCUUUCUUUUCUUUGGACAAGAGGAAAUGAACCUUAAGAAAGGCAAAAUUUUGUCCUGAACCCCUCACAUCUGACCUUUGUUUUCUUUGUUUUGGUUUGAUUUUAGAAGAUUAAUUAGACUUGUGUGUUCUGAACAGAUUUUUAAGUAGCAGGUUGGAUUUUUGUGAUAGUCCAAGGAAUGACAUGUGCCUCUGAGCUUUAAACUGAAGCUGCCAUAACUAAAGAAAUAUGAAAAGAACAACCCUGAAGCAGAGGCCUUUAUUGUCUUGGUUGCCAAUAGUACCUUGUUUCACCAGACAGCAAACAAUAAGCAGUUGUGGAGUGCCAAGCUAUGUGCACAACUUCUUGGAUUACUUUGGCCCCAAAAGCCUGGGAAGAGGGUGCUUUGGGGAAAUCUUUGCUCACCUUGUUUGUCAGUGCUAAGAACAGUGGGCAGGGUCAGGGGGGGAGCACUGGGCUGAUUACUUGUCCAGCUUUUCAAUGAAUGCACCAUUUUAGGGUUAGGUGUUAAAUUUUUUUUAAAGUGUGGUUGUUCUAGGAUCCUUGCAUUCAUUAAUGAAUCAUUAAAUGUCAUUCACUGAAGCCCAGUCCUCUCUGCCCUGGCCCACCUUCACCACGCUGCCAGAGAAAAUGGUGCUGCUAAUACUGGUUCCACUAUCUAAGCAUCUGAUGCUCCCAAGCAAAGGAAGUGCAAGCUCUGGAAAUUGGUUAAUAUAUUCGAUGUCUAGUGUUUUAGGGCCUAGGGAGAGCCAUUAAUCAAUUUACUAUUAACUCUUUAUCAGUUUGCUGAUGUUAAAAUAUUUCCCUGUUAGCUAAAAGAGUUUUUACAAGCCAUCUGGUACAAAUGUGUGACUGAUCUGUCAUCUGCACGUAGCAAAUUAGAAUUCUGGACUCUUGCUGGGUACAGUGGCUCACGCUUAUAAUCCCAGCACUUGGGAGGCCGAG